GCGGACUUCAGUUCGUUGACAGACGCGAGCGUGUGUGCACGUCCGCGCGUAUCCCAUUACGUUUCCGUACCGUUGUCUUCCGUUUCCGGGCCGCGCGUGAUAUCGACGACGUUCGGCAGGUAACACGCACCCCGUGCGAUACUACCGAAAAGACUUCCGCGCGGAACUGUGGUGCCGCUCAACCGACCGGCCGAAACGUGGCCGUGUGAAGCUCUGCGGUAAGGUAAGAUCAAACAAAUUUAUCAUCGACGACGACGGCGACGGUGAAGUCCAACUCCUGCGAAAUCCUUAAUUGCAAUAAUAGGCACCAACGGGGGUCGCAGCUCGCGGCUGAAAUGAUCGCGUGCAUCAACGCCACGUCAAUGACUACCGAGUCGACAACUACCAUCUGUGCAGAUUUAAAACCAGGUGCCGGAUCGUCAUAGAGAGCUUAGUAACAGUCUAUUGACCGCCAGUGGACGACGAGUGGAUCAGGAAUACAUACGGCGACUUUGAAAAUGAAAAUAAUCAGUGGACUAUUAUUCUUGUGGCUGUCAGAGCAUACGUCAUGGGCUGCUCAUCCACCGUCUCCUUGCCCCGACGUAUUCUCUUACGAAGGUUCAGAGCCAGAAAUCAACAAAUGGUACGGCGAGAUCUCGCUGAGAACCGACGAAAGUCUGGCAGGCGUCCGAUUGAACAUUGAGCUAGAUCGACCUUCAGAUUUGAUGGUAUCGUGGAUGGGAGACACAACGACCAACGACAAUGUGAAAUUCACCAUAUUGAAUUUGGAGCAAAGGCUUAGGCCUGGACCUCCGGUAUUGACCAGAAUUAUGGUCAAGUUUAACAGAACGACAGGCAGUCCAAGAGUACGAUUCAUCCGGCUCAACGGUCGGAAAAUAUGUCCAGAGGAUUCCAUUUCAGCUCACUCGGAAGUGCCAGGUCCGAAUAAACGUCAGACCACCAAGAGACCAGAUCCCGAUUUCGAAGUCAAUAAUUUCGGGGAAAACGUGAACGAGUACACUAAUUCCAAUUCCAACAGCAAUAACCGGCCGAGCACGCAGACCAACAAUAACAUUGACUACAACAACCUCAACAAUAAUUACAACAAUAAUAACAACCCGUCCGACACGGACUAUUUGUCGUCAUCCUCCAAUAAUAACCGUCCUGCGUCCGCAGGGUACAGACCCGUGGUCACAAACACAGACGAGCCGUCCACGACCAGGAGGUCGACCAAAGCGACCACACGAAACCCUUAUGAGGGCACCGGUAAUCGACCCAACAAUAAUCCGAACACGGUAUCAUUGCAGGCCAGCACUGACUCCAACAGCGAGAUCACCGGCGUCAUCAACGGGUUAUUGCAGGAUCAGAAGAAGAACAAGACCGUUAUUAUAACCGUGAUCGACAACAGUCAACAGCAGGGCUCCCAAGAACAGCAGAACCAUCCGAACACCGGUAAUGGUGCAAGACCUGUGGCCGUGGACAAUAACAACAACAACAAUUAUAACAGCAACCCUGGCAACUCCAGGCCGAGUUCUAAUACCAACUCCGGUAGUUCUAGACCGAACACCAACAAUAAGCCUACUGAACAGCUGUCCACCAAUCAAAAGCCUAACAACAAUAAUUACAAUCAAGGCGACUCUUAUUCUAGCAACGUCAACUCACAGCAGCUGUCGGCCGGCUCGUGUGGCGAAGUCAAACUGGCCGUUCCACUGGUGACCGCCGGACAAUCGACGCACCGCGGACAAUGGCCCUGGCACGUGGCGCUGUACUUGAUCGAGGGCAUAAAUCUGAGUUACCAUUGCGGAGGGUCACUCGUGUCGAAGAACAAAGUCAUCACUGCUGCUCAUUGCGUGACCAACAGAGUAAAUGACUUCGUGUUGAAUUCCAGCAAGAUUGUCGUUUAUCUCGGCAAGUACCAUCAGCUACAGUACAGCGACGAGUUGGGAGUACAAACAAAACAGGUCGUCCGAAUCAACGUAUUCCCAUCGUACAACAGUAGCAACUAUUUGGGAGACAUUGCCGUGUUGACAUUGUCGUCGGACGCCGAAUUCACAAACUACGUGACGCCGGUAUGCUUGUGGGAUAACAAUUUCACUGAUUUGAGCGAAAUCGAGGGUAAAGACGGAACGGUUGUCGGUUGGGGUUUUGAUGAAAACGAUACGCCGACGGAAGAGCUCAAAAUGGCCAGGAUGCCAGUUGUGUCGCACGAAACGUGUCUCUGGAGCUAUCCGAAAUUUUAUUCAGAAUUUACGUCUGACAAUACGUUUUGCGCUGGUUUUAGAAACGGCACGAGCGUAUGUAACGGCGACAGCGGGGGCGGCAUGGUCUUCAAGAAGAACUCUAGGUGGUAUCUGAGAGGCAUCGUAUCCAUUACGGUGGCCAAAGAAGGACAACGGGUGUGUGACACCAAACAUUACGUAGUGUUCACGGACGUGGCCAAGUAUCACGACUUCAUCAGCAAGAAUAUGCGAUAACGAUCCGAAUUAUAGGACGUACACGCCAUUUCUCUGCUAUAUUUAGCUGGACCGCGAAAGUACAACGGUGCAGAUCGAUAUUGCUGUUGUUUUUAAUCAUCAACCAAACGAACGAAAACUUUUUCUUUUUAUAUGGAACAUAACGUUUUCGACAUUUUUAGUAUAAUCUUGUGUACUUUUAAUUUCUUUUUAGUAUAUAAAUAAUAUUAUAAUUUAGUAGUACCUAACAGGAACAUCGGAAAGCGCUGUAAUUAAUUAUACUUAAAAUCUAAGACUGCGUUUCGAAAAACGACAUGUGUGUUUGUUUCGUAAUACGAUAGAUAUAGCAUAUGUAAGCAUAAGUGAUUUAUGAUUUAUACAAUGAUUUAUUUUAAUUUUUAAUAUAUGAUUUAUUAUACGGAUUCGUAUGUGCACGA